AUGUGGCUGAUUAAAGAGGAGACCGAUAAAAGCGUGAUCGAAAAAAGUAACUUAAUAUACAAAAAAAGCUUUGCCCCUUUACUUUAUAUACAAUCUGACUGUAAUACAGCAAAUAAUAGAGAUAUCUAUGUAACCGAGUUAACGAAAUACAUACGUGUAGACUCAUAUGGUACACGUUUAACUCUCCGACAGCGACGUCCGGGUCCGCUAAAGCAAAAUUACCUUGAAAGUUUGAACAGUGAGGAUUUCCUUUCUUUCACUGCUAAUUACAAGUUUACAAUAGCUUUUGAAAAUGCAAUCUGUGAAGACUGUAUCACGGAAAAAUUGUAGAGGCCCCUUAUCGUUGGAUCUAUACCUGUAUAUUAUGGAUCACCAAAAUUUAAAAUUAUAAAAGUGCUAGAAAAAAGUAAAAAAUGGUUUCACAAUGAAUUUGGAAAUUAUGUUAGAAUUGAAUGUUUUGUUUGUUAAAGUCUACAGAAAAUAAAUCCAUCAAUGAAUAAAAUUGAUAAUCAUAACUGGUGGAUAAACCAAUGGAUUUUAGGAAAAUGUGAAGCAAAAUUAUUAAGUUAUUAUUUGCAAAAUAAUUUUACAAUAACUAGGGAUAAUUUUGAAAAAGAUAAAAUAAAAAUAUAUCACAAAAAUGAAUGUUAA